CGCCUUGCGUUCUUAGGUCAAGCACCAUAAAAAUGGUGCAAUCUGAGGAAUACGAUCCCUAUGAGGUUGCAAAGCAACUCUACCCGGACUUGCCGCAAGGAUUUCCCUAUGACAACUUCGACCUAGAGGAGCUCAUUCUGCCUCCGGGCGAUGAUAUGGGAAUCAAGAGCGACGAUGAUGACGUUCGUGACGAGGACGUGCAGACGCAGUCGGGCUUCGGAUCGUGCAUCGUCAUUCAGAACCUGCCCAAGGCGCCGGAGGAGAAGUAUGAGAAGCUCAUGGGCGUGGUGCGCACCAUUGCCAGCAAGCUCGGCGACGUGCGCGAGAACGGCAUCUUCAUGCCGCUGGAUGACGCAACUAAGACCACGAAGGGUUUUGCGUUUGUGGAGAUGGCACGCAAGGAGGACGCGGACGCGGCUCUGUCGGACGAGCGCUUUAUUAACGGGUACCAGCUGGACAAGAACCACAAGCUGACGCUGAGCCGCUUCGACGACUUUGAUAAGUACGCGAAGGUGCCUGAUGAGUACGUGCAGCCGGAGCCCGUGGCCUACAAGCAGCCGGAGAACCUACACAGCUGGCUGGCCGACAAGUACGGCCGCGACCAGUACGUGAUCCGCCACGGCGACAACACGGCGGUGUGCUUCAAUGACGGCAAGCGCAGCCGCGCGGAGGUGGCGUAUCAGCGCGAGUACUGGACGGAGUCGUUCGUGCAGUGGUCGCCUCAGGGCACCAUGCUGGCCACAAUGCAUCGCCAGGGUAUGGCUGUGUGGGGCGGGCCCAACUUCACCCGCAUCAACCGCUUCGGCCACCAAAACGUGCGCCUGAUCGACUUCUCGCCCAACGAGAAGUACAUCCUCUCCUACACCUCGCACGAGCCCGCCACCGCGCGCGACUCGUUCCACGUGCUUAUUAACGUGUGGGACGUGCGCUCCGGCAAGCAGCUGCGCAAGUUCGAGGGCCCCGUGGACGAGUACGCGGUGGGCUCCAGCGCCGGCCCCAACGGCGCGCUCAAGUGGCCAGUGUUCAAGUGGGCGGGCGGCCGCGAUGACCUGUUCUUCGCGCGCCUGGGCCGCGGCAAGAUCUCCAUCUACGAGUGCCCCUCCAUGACCAUGCUGGGCAAGGAGUCGCUCAAGCUGGACGGCGUGCAGGACUUUGAGUGGAGCCCCGUGGAGCCGGUCCUGGCGGCCUACAGCGCGGAGCAGGGCAACCAGCCGGCGCGCAUUGUGCUGAUCAAGGUGCCGGAGAAGACGGAGAUGCGCCAGAAGAACAUGCUCAACGUCAGCGACGUGAAGCUGUUCUGGCACCCCCAGGGCACCUACCUGGCGGUCAAGGUGGAGGCGUGGACCAAGACCAAGAAGUCCACCAUCACCAGCUUCCAGAUCUUCUGCGUCAAGGACAAGGACGUGCCGCUGGAGGUGUUCGAGCUGAAGAACAACAAGGAGCGCGUGCUCAACUUCGCGUGGGAGCCCAAGGGCCACCGCUUCGCGGUCGUGCACGGCGACGGGCCACGCCCCAACAUCUCGUUCUUCAGCAUGCGCGACGACAAGGGCCGCCUGGGCGUGCGCGAGCUGAAGAUGCUGGAGAGCCGCGCCUGCAACGCCAUCAGCUGGUCGCCGCAGGGCCGCAUCAUCGUGCUGGCCGGCCUCAAGAACUUCAACGGCCAGCUGGAGUUCUUCAAUGUGGACGAGAUGGAGACCAUGGCGACGGCAGAGCACUUCAUGGCCACGGACGUGGAGUGGGACCCCACCGGCCGCUACGUGGCGACAGUGGUGUCGCACGUGCAGCAGAUGGAGAACGGCGUCAAGAUUUGGUCCUUCGGCGGCCGCGAGCUCUACAGCUCCCAGCGCGACAAGCUCUACCAGUUCAGCUGGCGGCCGCGCAUGCCCAGCCUGCUGCCGGCCGAGAAGGAGGCGGAGAUCGCCAAGAACCUCAAGCAGUACACUAAGCGCUACGAUGAGGAGGACGAGCAGCUGCUGCAGCAGGCUGACGCUGACGUGCUGCAGGAGCGCCAGCGCGCGCUGGACGAGUGGAAGGCCUACUGCGAGAGCCGCCGCAACUACGCGGCUCUGCAGAUGGACUUCAAGCGCGAGCUGUACGGGCCGCGCUUCGCGGAGAAGGAGUACACCAUCCAGAAGGUGAUGGUGGAGCAGGUGGUGGACCAGAAGGAGGAGCCCUACAGCACCAAGUAGAGGCCUGCGCGGCUGGCAUAAGAUGGUGGAGGUGGAGGCGGAAGGUGCUGGGGUUGGGUAUGGGGACGGGUUGGGUUGGCGUGGGGUGGAGGUGUGUGAUGUUGGGGCGCGUGUGCGUGCGUGUUACCUGAGUUUGGAGGGUCCUGUGUAUGUUUGUGUGGGUUUGACGCUUGCAAAACAGCAGCAGCAGGAGGGCUCUGCGGACAAGCCGUUUCAAAAUGGCUGGAUGUGACUGGCCAGCCGUGCAGCACGGCAACGGAGGGGCGACAGGUCUAGGCUGGUAGGCAGGACCGUUUGAUGACAUUUAUGGAACGUCACAGGCUAGGUGAAUGCUAGGAGAGCUUUAGGUGUUAGCUAAAUCUUGAGGGGAGGGGAGUAUAGGGGGUUAGUGGGUAGCCAGAUGUAGAACACAUGUGAUGCCUGGUGCAAGCGAUUGCUGCGGCCAACGUGCUGCAUAUAAAACCUGAAGUCCAAGCCAACUUCAUGUAGAGAAAUUGAGACGA